AUGACUUCUAUCUGUCACUACCUCGCAUCUGUCCUCAUCCUUCAUCUCGUCCAAUUGGUUUCGCCGCAAGGUAUAACCGUGCAAGAUGACUGGGUGCUGCCUGCUCGCCCCGACAAGGCUGAGUAUUUCCUCAAUGGCGACAAAAUCACCAUCGAAUGGACAAGCGACCUCUGGACAUGGUUCUUCGACUACGCUCCCGACGUUGAUCCUACCGCAUGCGAUCUCUGGGUAACGGGAUGGGAGCUGCAUCAGUAUGAAAACAAGAUAGCCCCUCGAGUCAACGUGCAGGCCCGCACUUCGAUAGACUGGGUCAUCGACAUCCCGCCCGCCGAAUUGAACGCCACCGAGUGGUGGGUUUUUCGCUUCGCAGCUCUAGGGGCCAGCACCACACUGGAGGGUCUCCAGGUUUCGAGCCCCGGAUUCGGUGUUCGAGAGAAACAGCAACCUCCACCACCGACUUCGUCCACCGAGCAAAGCUCAUCGACCACGACAGCCUCGGCGACCCCAUCCUCUGUUUCAAUAUCAGAGGCCACAGAAGCAGGGAGUACUGGCGAAAGCAGCACUGGCGAAAGCAGAGACAGCAUCAGCUCCUCGUCUGAUGGUGAUGGUCUCUCGACGGGUGCAAAAGCGGGCAUUGGUAUCGGCGCCACGGUCGCUGGGCUGUCGCUUCUCGCGGCUGGCUGGCUCUUCGGCAGAAAGAAGCGGGGAGGCAAGCCCCCAGUCGAUAUGUUGGAGGUAUCAACGGAGCCACCAAAACCACCGCCCAUGGCUGCUCACGAUAAUAGAUACUGGGGUUAUGGUCAGCCGCCGCAUUAUAUGGCCGUUGCAAACCCGAUAAAUCCAUCGUAUGCGGAGCUAGAAACACCGGACCAGCCCAGGCUCUCAGAAUUAGAUGGCCAUAGAUAG